AAUGUGGCUACAAAUCCAUGCUUUUGCUUACGAGCGGUCACUGUUUCACCACAUGACAUAUCCCCCCAAUGGAAGAAAAGAGGAUUCUUUGCCCGUGGACUUGCGUGAUCUACAACUCCGACACCGGCCGAAUCAGAUGAGUGAUCUUAACCAAAAAAUGAUUUGCUACACUGGCGCUGAGGAGAGGUAGCGAGGUGCAGGGCGACAUGUAUAAAAAGGAACUCGUCGAACCUCACCGGAUUCUUCAACAGUACCCGUUCUCGCUUGAACAUGUUCCUCAGGCCUUCUUUGAUGAUUGCAGUCUUCAUCCUGGCGGGACUUGUCUUCUGCGCCCCCGCGGUCACCAUUUCCUCAACCUCCACCGCGGCGUCAUCGACACCCACAAUACCCUACAUCAGCACCGAUCCCAACGAGUCCCUAUGGACUGAAGACAGCGAUCCAUCAAUCGUCCAACCCCAACGAGGAAAGCUCGGCGCACCGUUCCUCCGUCCAGCUCCUGCAGAAAACAUCGCCAUUGAUCUCCAAAAUCCCGACCUCCUCGCUCCCCCCUCCACUGAUUCUGGAGAGCUGGCGAACGCGAAAUGGCCAUUCUCUUUAAGUCACACGCGUCUACAGACUGGAGGCUGGGUUCGCGAGCAGACCGUCGCAGUGAUGCCAAUCGCCACAUCAAUCGCCGGUGCAAACAUGCGCCUUGAAGCUGGAUCGAUCCGGGAGCUCCAUUGGCACACGACUUCGGAAUGGGCAUACGUUCUGAAGGGUUCAACUCAGAUUUCGGCUGUUGACGGUGAAGGUCGUAACUACGUUGCUACGGUAGGACCCGGCGACCUGUGGUACUUCCCCGCAGGCGUUCCGCAUUCCCUUCAAGCAACCGGCGACGACGACGGUGGAUCCGAAUUCCUUUUGAUAUUCGACGACGGAAAUUUCGGUGAAGAUACUACAUUUUCGCUUAUCGACUGGCUUGACCACAUUCCAGCGGAAGGCGUGUUACUCGAAAAGAACUUCCAAGUCGAUGCCUCCGCAUUCGCACACGUACCCGGAAAGGAACUAUACAUCUUCCCGAGCACAACCCCGGAGGACGAUGCGCUUCCGCCUGAAAGUCCGCAAGGAACUGUUCCCCUACCUUACUCAUUUGCAUCAUCGAAAGCCAACGUGACCCAAACUUCCGGCGGCAGCUAUAAAGUCGUGGACUCGUCGACGUUUCAAAUAUCGACGACCAUCGCAAUGGUAGAGGUCACCGUUGAGCCUGGUGCGAUGCGAGAACUUCACUGGCAUCCAACACAGGAUGAAUGGAGCUAUUUCAUUGAGGGAGAAGGGCGGGUGACUAUCUUUGCCGCACGAGGCAGAGCAAGAACGUUCAACUACCAGUCCGGAGAUAAGGACUAUUGGCCUCAUGUGGAUUUAGGCCACUAUGUCGAGAACACUGGUAACACCACUCUGGCGUACAUCGAACUCUUCAAGUCCGAUCGCUUCGAGGACGUAAGUCUCAGCCAGUGGCUGGCCCUGACUCCUCCGCACAUAGUAAAGGCGCAUCUGAACGUCGACGAUGAGACUAUCGCGUUGAUGUCCAAGACAAAACCCGUUGUUAUUGGCCCUUCUUGA